CAAAAGACGCGAGCUUUCAUUCACAGCAAAAACGCAGAGGCAAACCCUAACCGGAAAGAUCUUCGAUGGCGGCCACGGCGACGACGAGCGUGGUCCCACAGAACCGUGCCAGGCGGGGAGGCGGAAUGGUCAACGAGGACAAGCUGGAGUUCUUGACAUCGGACGGCAUAGAGCCAAUCAUGAGCUUCGAUCAGAUGGGGAUCAAGGACGACCUCCUCCGCGGUAUCUACAACUACGGCUUCGAGAAGCCCUCCGCCAUCCAGCAACGCGCCGUCAGGCCCAUCAUUGAGGGCCGUGACGUCAUUGCCCAGGCCCAGUCCGGUACCGGAAAGACCUCCAUGAUUGCCCUCACCGUCUGCCAAAUCGUCGACACCUCCUCCCGAGAGGUUCAGGCGUUGAUACUGUCUCCGACGAGGGAGCUGGCGGCGCAGACUGAGAAGGUGAUAUUGGCAAUUGGAAAUUACAUAAAUAUCCAAGCUCAUUCUUGCAUUGGAGGCAAAAGCGUCGGCGAGGAUAUCAGGAAGCUCGAGUAUGGAGUUCAUGUGGUGUCUGGAACUCCCGGUAGAGUCUGUGAUAUGAUCAAGAGGAGAACACUUCGCACUCGAGCCAUCAAGCUAUUGAUUCUUGAUGAAUCGGAUGAAAUGUUGAGCAGAGGCUUCAAGGAUCAGAUUUACGAUGUAUACAGAUAUCUUCCACCGGAGCUCCAGGUUUGCUUGAUUUCCGCUACACUGCCCCAUGAAAUUUUGGAGAUGACUGGCAAGUUUAUGACUGACCCCGUGAGGAUCCUUGUUAAACGUGAUGAGUUGACUUUGGAGGGUAUCAAGCAAUUUUUCGUUGCAGUUGAAAGAGAAGAGUGGAAGUUUGAUACUUUAUGUGACCUUUAUGAUACUCUUACCAUUACACAAGCUGUUAUUUUCUGCAACACAAAGAGAAAGGUGGACUGGCUGACUGAAAAGAUGCGAUCUAAUAACUUUACAGUAUCUGCAAUGCACGGAGACAUGCCUCAGAAGGAGCGAGAUGCCAUCAUGAAUGAGUUCAGAAAUGGUACUACUCGUGUUUUGAUCACAACAGAUGUCUGGGCUCGGGGUCUUGAUGUUCAGCAGGUAUCUUUGGUUAUUAAUUAUGAUCUUCCCAACAAUCGAGAGCUGUACAUUCAUCGAAUUGGUCGUUCUGGUCGUUUUGGACGCAAGGGUGUGGCAAUAAACUUUGUCAAAAGUGAUGAUAUCAAGAUUUUAAGAGACAUCGAACAGUAUUACAGCACCCAGAUUGAUGAAAUGCCAAUGAAUGUGGCAGAUUUGAUAUAAGAGUUCCUGGCAACUUGUGUGCAAGUGGAGUGAGUAUUGGUUCAAUGUGGAUUGACAUGUGGUACCUCGUCUAUAUUUGUGAUGGAUUGUACACUAGCAGAAGUUGGAAUCAUAUUUUCUUUUAAUGUUGGCUUAAAAUGCCAGUGUGUUAGGUUAGCGUGACAGAUAUCCUGAUACUUUUAAGCACCUUGUGUCAUGGAACCCUACUUUUGUUGAUGUUAAUUUCAAGCCUUGAGGUUUUGUGAGAGCGAACAAAUAUUUUUUAAAUCUUGCAACGCAUCAGUUUUCUGUG